AUGCCCUCAGAACCGACAGAGCUUGACCAAAUAACAACAUUACCAAAUGGAGUCCGAGUAGCAUCAGAGGCUCUUCCGGGGUCUUUCUCUGGUGUUGGCGUAUAUAUCGAGGGCGGAUCGAGAUUCGAGAAUAAUUACUUGAGCGGGGUGAGCCACAUCGUUGAUCGACUAGCCUUUUUCUACAGAAAACAAAACGGCAGAGGAUAUACAAGAGACAGUAGAGUCUUAGAGAACGUACAAUGCGUAUCCUCACGGGAGUCUAUGAUGUACCAAGCCGCCACUUUCAACUCGGCUAUCCCAACGGCGACUGAGCUACUUGCUGAUACGAUACGGAAUCCCCGAAUUACCGAGGAAGAGGUUGCCGGAGAACUUCUGACGGCAGAGUAUGAGAUCAAUGAGAUAUGGAAGAAGCCCGAGCUUAUCCUGCCCGAGUUGGUGCAUAUGGCGGCAUUCAAGGGUAACACUCUUGGUAACCCUCUGUUAUGUCCUCGGGAAAGGAUACCGGAAAUCAACAGUUCGGUAGUUAAGACGUACAGAGAUACUUUCUACCGUCCCGAGAGAACCGUUGUCGCCUUUGCCGGUGUUCCGCAUGUCGAGGCGGUGCAAUUAGCAUCCAAGUUCUUCGGAGAUAUGCAAGCUUCUGGACAUCCUCUCCUGUCCCGGACGGGGUCAGAAACUUCUAUCGAUUCUCUGUCGCCGGAUAGCACCGACACGACAACUUCUUCAUUUUCCUCAGCGUCGUCAUCUCCCUCAUCAACAACAUCUAGUAUAAUGUCCAAGUUACCCCUAUUCAAAAACCUCUCUACUUCCGCAAGCCGUAACGCAUCCGUCUCUACCACUCCCGCCAUCCCGCCAUCGCUAGAAGAACUUACUAUGCCCGCGCAUUAUACUGGUGGUUUCGUCGCGCUCCCACCACAACCUCCUUCCACUAAUCCCAACCAACCUGUAUUUACUCAUAUUCACCUCGCCUUCGAGGGAUUGCCUAUCGCAUCAGAUGAUAUUUAUGCGUUGGCAACGCUUAAUACGCUUCUCGGCGGCGGUGGAUCCUUCUCCGCCGGCGGACCCGGGAAGGGCAUGUAUUCAAGGCUGUACACUAACGUGCUCAACCAACACGCUUGGGUAGAGUCUUGUAUCGCUUUCAACCAUUCUUACACAGAUUCCGGGCUGUUCGGCAUCUCUGCUCAAUGCAUCCCCGGCCGCACACAGCACAUGCUCGAUGUCAUGUGCCAAGAAUUGAGGGCGCUUACUGUGGACACCGGGUUUGCUGCUCUUGGCCAUGCCGAAGUUAACCGCGCCAAGAAUCAGCUACGUUCCAGUCUCCUAAUGAACUUAGAGAGUCGAAUGGUGGAGCUAGAAGAUCUAGGCAGGCAAGUCCAGGUACACGGCCGCAAGGUACCGGUCCAGGAGAUGUGCCGUAAGAUCGAGAGCCUCACGAUCAACGACUUACGCCGGGUGGCGAAACAGAUCGUAGGGGGAUUAGUACAAAACAACGGUAGAGGAAGCGGUGCUCCGACCGUGGUGCUACAAGAGGCCCAACACCCAUUCAGCUCUACAAAACAGAUGUCUUGGGAAGAGAUACAGGAUAGAAUAUACAAAUGGGGCCUAGGUAAGAGGUAA